CACACUGGGAGGCUCUUGAGUUGAAGCCAGGACCUGCUUUUCCUGCUGUUUUUUUUUAUCAGAUCAUGGAAUAGGAAUGGCAUUCCUCCCAUGGCUGUUUCUGCUCAAUUUUGGAAUAUAACUAUGAAGCUCACUGCAUGCUUUUCCACACAUCUUCCCCGAGGAUUACCAGAGGAAUAGUGUGUGUUUGUGUGUGCUUGUGCGUGCAUGUCCAGCACUAUGCCUGCUCCUGACUGCGUUGGAUCUAGCAGCCAAAGCACAUCACCAUGAGGGGGGGUCACCACCAGCGAGGCUGUGGGUGUCAGCAGCUGUUCAUAAAACUACUCCGCAAAUGUGGGUGCUGCUCUGUCAGAGGUAGAGUGGAGUCAUACUCUGCUGCGGGCAGCGACGGCAGCAUUGCUCCAUCUGUAGCAGCUGUGCCCCACCAAGCAUCAGGCAGCGCCAGUCCUUGUUCACCCUCAUCAUUUGGAGGAUCACGGCACCCUGUUAGUGCCUUGAAAAAAUGGCUCACCAAUCCAGUCCGGAAACUGGGCUCUGACGCCAGCAGUGGCGCAGAGAAAGCUGAGAAGCAGAUGUUCAAGUCUGAUGACAGCCAACCACCAUUGGUCCUUUCUCACAACAUGGCUCAGCAAGGUUCCAUGGAAAUGCACAAUGACUACACAAGCCCGUCCCCUGGAAACGUGGAGAUGAAAGAUGUUCUUCUGAGUCCGGUGGUUCCUUCUCCUUUACAGCCAACCCAUCAGAGUGACUUAUGUGGCCUUCUGCAAAGCAGGGACUCGCAAAGUCUAAGUCAGAAAUCCAGCAUUAACACUCUGCAAGGGGAGGACAGCUACGCUGUUGCUGAUGAAACGGCCAGCCUGUCAUCUGCUGCUGUGGACAGCGAGGACGAAAGAAAUGUUGCCUUGGAGAAGAGUUUAUACGUACUGGCCGAGCUCAUAGAGACAGAAAGAUUGUAUGUUGAAGAUCUUGGUCUUAUAGUCCAGGGCUACAUGAGCACAAUGUCUAAUCAGGGAGUCCCGGAGGACCUAAAAGGGAAGGACAGGAUUGUGUUUGGAAACAUUCACCAGAUCUAUGACUGGCAUAAAGACUAUUUCCUGGGAGAGCUGGAGAAAUGUGUGAAUGAUCCAGACAGCUUGGCCCAGCUCUUCAUCAAACAUGAACGACGUCUUCACAUGUAUGUGGUCUAUUGUCAGAACAAACCCAAGUCGGAGCACGUCGUCUCCGAGUACAUUGAGACCUACUUUGAGGAUCUCAGGCAGCAGCUGGGCCACAGGCUGCAGCUCAAUGAUCUCCUGAUCAAGCCUGUUCAGAGGAUUAUGAAAUAUCAGCUGCUCUUAAAGGAUUUCUUGAAAUAUUAUAGCAAAGCUGGGAAGGAUGUUGAGGAACUGCAGAGUGCAGUGGAGGUGAUGUGUUUUGUGCCAAAACGCUGUAACGACAUGAUGAACGUGGGAAGGCUCCAAGGUUUUGAGGGUAAAAUCACCGCUCAGGGGAAGCUGCUCCAGCAGGAUACUUUCUCUGUGAGCGAGCAGGAAGGCGGCCUCCUGUCCAGGGCGAGGGAGAGGAGAGUCUUCCUGUUCGAGCAGCUGGUCAUCUUCAGUGAGCCAAUUGAUAAGAAAAAGGGCUUCUCUUUGCCAGGGUACACGUUUAAAAACAGCAUCAAGGUGAGCUGCUUGGGUGUUGAAGAGCCCUCCGAGGAGGAGCCGUGCUGUCUGGUCCUGACCUCCAGGGGAACUGACGGCAGUGUAACGCGUUUCAUCAUGCAUGCCUCAUCUCCAGAAAAACAGCUAGCUUGGUUCUGCGAUGUGGUCCAGAUCUUAGAGACUCAGAGGAACUUCCUAAAUGCUCUCCAGUCACCGAUAGAGUACCAACGCAAGGAAAGUACAGUCGGGUACAGUCUGGGAAGAAGCAUGCGUUCUCCUGUUGCACAACCAUCCGGCCUGCGGCCUCACUCCUCCGCGUCCAUGGACAGACGUCACCAGCCCUCCCUGCUGACUUACAACAACUCUCUGCCCUCUCUGCACUCUCCCCGACUCAGCUCGACCUCAAAGGUCUCCAACCCCUGUGGGAUGACACUUCGAGCAGCUCACCCUCCGUUUUCCUCACACCAGCAGCUUAGUACGUGCACAGAGGUGAAACAUGACUGUGACUCGUGCAACAGCCUGCCGCACUGCAGCCAUCACCAGCAGAAGGGUGUGAGCGCCAGUUUCCAGACGAUCACAUUUUGUGAUGACGCGACUUACUCAGCACUUCGACCAAACAGCUUGGAUCAGCUAAAGGAGAGCGAACAGCAGUGACCCGGCUGCAUAAUGAACUCUGGGAUCUGAGUGCUGUCAGCACAGGUUGUUUCACUCCUCCACAGAAAUCCACAAAGCGUGAUAUUUAAGUUUAAUUUUAUACUAGGUCAGUCUAGGUUUGACCUAAUGUGAUCAUGGUGGUUUAAGCAUGUUCCUGUAAGGGUGUGUACAUAAUCUGCAUAUGCAGAUAUACAGUAUGUAUAGCGGGUAAGAUGUGUUGUAUAAAUAGGUUUAUAAUCACUACAGAGACUGAAGUUCAUCAUGCUUUACGCUGUAAAUGUUUGAUUUUCUUAAAUUCCCCACUUGAUAUUUUUGUAAUGUAUGUUUUUCACAAAUUAGCAUUUUUUCCCCUCACGAACAAAGUUCAGAAACCCCCGACGCAUGUCUUCAUGUAACUGUCUCCUUUAGAUCGCUGACUGACUGUACAGUAUAACUUCCAAUUUCACGCUGAUAUCUUGAUUCCAUCUUUGUAUUUCCAGCAGAUUAGCAAAUAGCUGUGUUUUCCAUUCAGUGGACUAGUUCAGCCCCACCAUUGUGAACGUUAUCUGGGCUAAACACACUUGCAAACUGAAAGUACAAUUAAUAAGCAAGUAAAAAGAGGAAAAAGGGAACAAAGAUCAAACUGAGGUGCUCAUAUGUUAUUGUCAUUUUGAAUGUAAAUCUUUUUUUUUGUAGGAUUAUAUCAGAAAACGUCUAUGUCCUGAUACACAUAGAAUUAUUAAACAGAAGUGUUGUUGCUGGUUAUUGUUUAUUUUUCCCUUAUAAGUUUGUCUAUAUUUUUGUUAGUUGAAAAUGUGUAUUUUCCAAGUGUACAAUGGUCUUUUUUUUUUGUUUCUCCAUCAUCAAACUGGGUUAUUUUGUGGUUGUUUGGACUCUUGACUUUCAUCUAUGAAAUGUUGCCUGUAUCAUUUGAAACCCGUGUUCUGCUUGGUCCAUGUUCACUCUGUAAUCCAAUUAUAAGUAAAACCAAAAACACAUGCCCUUGA